GGGAGCCGCCAUGCUGGCGGGCGGUGGAGUGGCUGCGGCGGCGGCCUCGGGGCUGCUGGGAGCGGCGGCUGCCGCCGCGGCGAAACUGGCGCUGGGCGGAGCGGCGGCCGACGGCUGGCUGCCUGUGCUGCUUCGCGUCGGCGGUGUGGGCUUGGUGUUGGUGUGCAAUGCAGUGAUGUGGACGGUCUUUGCAAAAGCCCUGCGACUCUCCUCCUCCUCAGCUGCUGCCUCGGUGACAACCACGGCCUCCAACUUCAUCUGCUCGGCUAUCCUGGGCAAGUUUCUCUUUGGGGAGACAUGGACGCCUCUGUGGUGGGUUGGCCUCACCGUGACACUCUGUGGCCUCAUGCUACUGCACACAGCUGCACCCCGGCCAGCACAGCUGCCAGAGGAGAAGAAGGAGGCGUGAUGGCUGCUGGAGGAGACACAACACUGUGCCACCCUUGUCAGCCUGCAUCCUGACCACAUUCCCAGUCCUCAGCCAACCCUGAAUGUGCCAGCCAUGGACCGACCCACUAGCUCCUGCUCGCCCGCUGGGCUUCCGACUCCGGAACUCGCACUGCUCUUGUCUUGCCUGGCAGAGCACUGGUCGUGUGGUGGCAGUGACAGCCUCAGAGAGAGCUGCUCUGCUCUGAGUCAGUAUGGUGGAAAUCAGGGCCAGGGGCUUAUCAGCUUGCUCC